CACAAGGAGCAUUAGGAGCAUCUGAGACACUUCAAAUCUACCGCGCCGACAUCAAGAGAGUGAGCAAAAAAACAGAAAUGACUGGAGCUGCUGUGUCUGUGUGCCUAUUUUCUCUGCUGUCUGUAUGUUCCGCUUGUUACAUCUCUAACUGUCCUAUCGGUGGAAAGAGGUCCAUCAUGGAUGCACCUUUGCGAAAGUGCAUGUCUUGUGGCCCCGGAGACAGGGGCCGCUGCUUCGGCCCCAGUAUCUGCUGCGGGGAGGGCCUCGGCUGCCUGCUGGGCUCCCCGGAAACGGCUCGCUGCGGGGAGGAGAACUACCUGCUCACCCCCUGCCGGGCAGGCGGGAGACCCUGCGGGUCCGACGGGGGGCGCUGCGCUGCUUCGGGCGUCUGCUGUGAUUCAGAAAGCUGCACCACAGACCAGUCCUGCCUCGUGGAUGAGGAAGGAGACGAGCAGACCGGUCCAUUCGAUGGCAGCGACCCCGGUGACAUCAUCCUCAGGAUCCUGCAUCUGGCUGGGCUCAAUUCUCCUCAUCGAGUUCACCAAUGAGCGGCCGCCGGCAGCGAGGUCUGAUGGGAAACUCCUCGGGCCGCAGAGACGACGCGGGACUCGUACUUGAAGUUCAUAUAGUUGUUCCUCUAUGUUUGUCAUUGCUCUGUUGCCUGGCGUACUUGUGAGUGCCUUCUGUCGACAUAUUUUUUAUGUAUUAAAAGAAGGAUGGAUAUUGAUCGUGGUUGUCCACAUACCUGCAUGCUGAAAUAAAGUUUUGAGAGGUUAUAAUAAAA